ACCGAGCAAAUGUUCGCGGUCGGAUCCAGGAGGAAGAGGAGACGAAGGGGGGAAUGGGAUGCUAUAGCAUUUAAAGAAAAAGGAAGAGAUUAAUCGCAGUUAAAAUACUGUACAAUUCGAGUGAAGUGUGUGGAAGAUAGAGGAGAGUGCGGCUGCAGCAGAUUAUGGCAUCUGCUACCGAAGAUUUGAAGAUGGAGAACCAGUUUUCACCAGAUCCUGAAAGUAGCAAGAUUCCACAUGGAGUCAGGGCUGAUGCGUCACCUGAUGCAAAAUGCCCCAUUUGUCUAGACAGAUUUGACAACAUGUCCUACAUUGAUCGCUGCUUUCAUAAAUUCUGCUUCCGCUGCAUUCAGGAAUGGUCACGAAAUAAAGCUGAAUGUCCCCUGUGCAAACAACCUUUUAACUCAAUUUUCCACAGUGUGCGGACUGAAAAUGAUUUUCAGGAGUAUGUACUGAAGGCAACAGAGAAUGGCUCGUUUGCCAGUCCAGGUGGGCAGAGGUUUAGAUACCGAACAACACUGACGCGUGAACGUCGCAGCACCCGCCAACCUCGAAGGUCCCCUGUUCUUCCUGAAUUGCCUGACAACGGAGUGGUAUUUGAAGGAUUUGGAAGGCAGCCCCGGAUGUAUCAGGGACAGAGCUUGCGUCGAAUGAUGCAGCGAAUGAGCGCCCGGAGGAGAGCACAGUCUGAGGGAAGAUCCACACGCCAGGUCCAAGAACAAGAGAUGAUCCGUUUUAGACGGGAGUUGUACCGUUCGGGCUUGAGGGUAAGGAAUGUCCAGGAUGGAGGUCGGUAUCGAGAUAUUUCUGCCGAAUUUUUCCGGCGCAAUGCAGCCUGUCUUCACCGGUUAAUGCCGUGGUUAAAACGGGAGCUCUGUGUCUUGUUUGGCUCCCAUGGCUCUGUUGUCAAUAUUGUGCAACACAUCAUCAUGUCUAACAUUGUUCGAUAUGACAUGGAAAGCGAGGCAUUUCAGGAAGAACUCCGGCCUUUUUUACUCAGCCGCACAGAUCAUUUCUUGCAUGAGUUCAUAAGCUUUGCACGGGCACCAUUCAACAUGGAAUCGUAUGAUCAGAGGGCUAACUAUGACUGUCCAGCUCCAUCCUAUGAGGAAGAAAGUGACUCUGAUUUGUCUGUAAUCACAAUCUCCCCUGACACCGCUCAGGCUCAGGAAGAAGAUAGACCCACUCCCAAUCCUUCAGAGUUAGCACUUGGCUUAAGUCAGGCGACAUGGGAUGAUGAAACACCGGGCCCUUCUUAUUCAGUGACAGAGACAGUGGAGUCAGCUAACUCCUCACCUGGUGAAACGUCUGUUGUUUCUGAAGAGACACCACCACAGCCUGGAUCUUCAUUGCUUGCAGCAUCAAUUAAAACUGAUCCAGGCACAAAUGAAGAGGGGUCUGUCCGUUCCAUCGAUGACUGCCUAAUAGUUGGUUAUGUAAAGCCUUUAGCUGAAAGAACUCCUGAACUAAUCGAGCUAAGUUCAGACUCUGAUGCUUCCAUUCAAGCCACAAGCACUGAGGUUGCUGAACAGCCUGUACAUAUACGAUUCCACAGCACCAGCAGUUUGUCUUCGUCAACUAGAUCAUCAUCAACUAGAUCAUCCGUAUCCAGGGAGCGAUUGAAAAGAAAGAAGUUGAAACAUAAAAAGAGCAACAAAUCAAAAAGAGAUAAGCACCACAGUCAUAAGAAGAGUUCCCGUUCUCGGAGCAGUGCAUCACGUUUGAGCAGGCACAGAGAAAGGACAUUGAGCAGAGUUCAAGGCAGUUCAAAGGAUCGAUCCAGAAUUCGAUCACUUAGUAGAGAUAAGCAUGAUCUUCGGAGGCCCGAGCAAUCAAGCACCAGGGAUAGAACCAUGGUGACUUACUCUUACAGCAGAAGUGAACAUCGAGCUAAAGACUGGAAUAGAAGAGAGAGGGCCAGAUCAGGUAGCAGAGAGCCCCGUGCUCAUCAAUCUCAAGAUAGAAGGCGAUCAAGGAACCGAGAGAGGGUGUCAUUCACCAGAAGUCGGACGAGGUCACAGAACAGUGACUGUGCUGUUUACAGGCAUAGAGCCAGGUCACGUUCUUGGAGCAGAGGUUAUCCUGCUCCGAGAGACAGACAGAGGUCCAGAAGUCGGGAGAGGACGUACAGCUAUAUGAGGGAAUACCAGGAGAGAAACAGAGCUUUCUCCUAUCAGUGGGAAAGAUAUAGUUAUCACAGUAGAAGGAAUGAUGGCUAUGAAUCUGCAACUCGAGCCAGAACUCAUCACAGAAAAGGGUCACCAUGUUCAGAUUAUAGAAUUCGAUCCAGUUCCGAAAGUACAAGUUUCAGGAGUCCAAGUAGCCAUAGAGACGAUAUCUAUUACCAAUAUGGAAGUUAUCGAUCAAGAAGCCCAUCUAGUACCCGAUCUAGAACCACGUCUGGUAGGACCGAUAAGAUUAGGCAAGAGAAACCUGGGGGCAAACGGAAAUAUAAGACUCAUUAUUUGGAAAGUUUCUCCAGCAAAGAGAUGAAAAAUGCAAGUUUGCAAGUUGCUAAUUUAUCAUCAGAAAUUCAUAUGCUGCCCCGACAGGGGGGUAGCUCCCCUGGCCCUCUUUCACAGUGUAGCAGUAACUCGAAGAGUAGUUCAGUGUUACUUGAGAGUACACGAGGCAGCGAACCAAAGUUCAAAAAACAUAAGGAGAAAAAAAGAAGCACAAGUGUGGAAAUAGUGUACGAGGGAAAGGUAACAGAUGCAAGUCGGCACCAUAAGAGGAAAAAGAAAAGAAACAAAAAGAAACAGAAAAGGGAAAAGAGCAGCGAGCAGACUGAUACCGAACAUCAUUCACCCCUUGUCAUAACCAUUGAAAGUGAUAGUGACGUGAUUGUUUCAAGUAUGGAAGAUGGUAAUAGCACUUACGUCACAACUACUAACCUUCUCACAGGUAACAGUUUUGAACUUGACGAGAAACAUGUUCUCAGGACAAUGGAAUCUCCCGACACACCUCCAAACAUUUUCUUGAAUCGCACAAACACAGACUCUUUGGAUGUGUGCAGAGUCUCCCCAGAUUCUGAUCAUAGUCCACCAAAUCCACAUCAACAGACUAACCUUGACCAAGAAGAUGUCAAUCCAGUGACUGAUACUGACAGUCAUCAGAAUUUCAAAGGGGAAGAACGAGACUAUGAUCAACAUUGCUCUUCACCAAGUAGAACCCUUCCUAAAAACUCUUCAGACAGACCACCUUUGAUACUGAAAAUUCCAAAGAGAUUCAUUAAUGGCACCAACUUAUUUAACCGUCCGACGGAAAAUGCUUGAAAAUUGUUUCUCAGCUCUAAGUUGGUUUGAAAAAUUCCUGGUCUCCAUUCCCCAAACCUCCGCCCCCGCCCCCAUCCAACAACCAUUACCACUUCCCCUCCACCCAGGGAAUAUUAUCAGAUUCUUUCAGUAGCUCCAAGAGGAUCAUCAAGGUGGCUUCCUACAUACAAAUUUUUGUUUUUCAAGAAGAACUUCGUGACAAGACCAGUAACAGUGGACAAAUCAAUCGUGUUUGUAGAUGUUGCUUAACAAUACCGUGAAAAUGUAGAUUCCUAUACUGGAUCUAUCCGUUGGAAAUUUUAUAAAUAUGAUGUAUUAAGGUGGGAUUUGACAAGUUGUGUGGGUUUAUCUGUUCAAAUACAUCAGCGAUUCCUUUUCAUCUGACUUUAUCAUUGCCAAAAAUACAGCACAUAAACUUGCGUUUUACUGUUCUAGGUUGUCAUGAAUCACAUAAUACAUGGAAGGGAAGACUCGGAGAGAUUAAAGAAACUUGCACUUCUGUAAAUAAUUUUACUUGAAUGUUCUAAAACAGUUGCCAAAUAUAUAGAUCAAAAUUGGCAAUUGGGUUGGCAAUAAUUUUUUAAAAGUUCAUUUUGAGAACAGGUUUGAACAAAUGUUUAGUUUUCUUUUUGCUGAAGCUUGUGCUCAUCCCAACGAGGACUAUUUCCUCGGGAAAUGAAAUACUUUCAUGCUCCCUUGGUGGCACUUUUGGAUAAAAGGCCUUUUGCUGCACUAACAAUUACAAAUCGAUGUGCUAACAGUUGUGUUCCUUGCCCUUAGGAGCUGGUUUCUCCCACUUUUUACACAGGAUAUCAAUUUCCAUUAACAUUCUAUCACCCUGAUUGAAACUUUCAGCAAACUAGAAUGAUGUCAUGUGAUAGUAGAAGGAGGGCUGUCAGUUUAAGGCAAUUCUAACCUUUUCUACUUCCAGGUCAAUGUUCUUGAUAAUUCAGUUAGAAUAGUGCAUUUUCAAAACAUUGUGCACACUUACUAUAUUCUCAA